CAAUGGCCAUUGGAAUAACGGCUGCUGUAUGCCUGGCGUUAACUCUAUUCGCGUGGCAAUCCUGUUGCGAUUUUACAUUAUACGGAGGCAUAUUGCUGGCUGCAUUGGUGAUAUUCUUCAUUGCGGGGAUUAUCAUGAUAUUCAUACGAUCAAGAAUUGCAACUAUUGUUUAUACGUCGGUGGGGGUUCUGAUAUUCUCAGCAUACCUAGUUUAUGACACUCAGUUAAUAAUUGGUGGCAAACAUAAACACAAAACAAACCCAGAAGAGUAUAUUUUCGCAGCACUCAGCUUAUAUCUGGAUAUUGUUUUGAUUUUUGUGUAUCUUUUAAGCUUGAUUGGUGCAGUUAAUAGAUUUUCUGAAAGUUAACUUUUAUGGUCAAAAUGAAUGACAUUUCUUGUAUAUUUUUCUGUUGUUUUUGCUUUAAAUAAAUCAGAAGGCUGUCAUUUUC